UAUUUGUUUAUUCCUCAAAAAGAUUAUUGACCUUUACUUCCUUUUUUUUCUCUCUCCUCUUUCUCCUGAUGCGUUCUUCUUCAUCGACCUUUGGUGUUGCAAAGAUCUAGAAAAACCCUAGAACGGGUAAGAUCACCAAGGUCGAGAGGAAGACCAAAAUAGAGUUAACUUCGAAUUGAUGGGGAGAGGGAAGAUUGUGAUCAAAAGGAUCGAUGAUUCGACGAGUAGGCAAGUCACUUUCUCCAAAAGAAGAAAGGGUCUAAUCAAAAAAGCUAAAGAACUCGCCAUUCUCUGCGAUGCCGAAGUUGGUCUCAUCAUUUUCUCCAAUACGGACAAGGUCUAUGACUUUGCCAGCUCCAGUAUGAAAUCGGCUAUUGAACGAUUUAACAAGACCAAGAUGGAGCAGCAACAACUAUUGAACCCUGCAUCAGAAGUUAUGUUUUGGCAGAGAGAGGCCGCAACUCUAAGGCAAGAACUGCACUCGUUACAGGAAAAUCAUCGACAGCUAAUGGGGGAGAAAUUAAAUGGUUUGAGCGUUAAUGAAUUGCACAAUAUAGAGAGCAGACUUGAAAUGAGUUUACGUGGAAUUCGUACGAAAAAGGAACAAAUGUUGACCGAUGAAAUCAAAGAACUAACCAAAAAGAGGAAUCUUAUUCAUCAUGAGAACCUCGAAUUGUCAAGAAAAGUACAAAGAAUUCAUCAAGAAAACAUCGAACUACACAAGAAAGCUUAUGCAACGUCAAGCUCAAAUGUAUUGGGACUUGGUGAGCUUGAAGAUGCAGCAGAUGCAUCAAAUGCACAAGUUAGGCUGCAGCUAAGUCAGCCUGAACAGUCCUGUUAUGAUUCCGCAUCAAAGAGCUAAGAUCAUAGUGAAAAGAUACUUGAAAAAGUGCAAGUAUAAUCAGAGAACAAACCGAAGGUUCAACUAUGUACAAUAUAUAUAUGAUCAAGCAAUGGAGCAGCGUGUCGCUUAUAUUGGUUCUAGCUUUGUCAUUUGGUUUUAAGUAUAUACUUAAGAGUUAACAAAUAUUAAGAAAACGCAUACAGUUUAUAUAGAUAAGUACGGUGUUCAAUUGAAAUUGGGUUGAUUGCAGUUUGUUCGUUUCUCGGUUUUCAGUGAAGAGUAAUUAAAAUAUGAGAGUGUUAUUCUGGCUCAUACUUCGGUCGACUUUGUUGUACCUUUUGGUUUAGAGUGGUGAUGAUGAUGGAGAGGCCUUUGUUAUUAGGAUAAUUUUUUUUAGUUUAUUUUUUAGAAAACUAAGAUAUAUAUAAGAAAAAACUGAUAAAGAGGUGAUUUUGUUAAAAUAUUUGAUCGCAAGAAGUGUCACCAUGGAUAUGAGGUUGCAGUCGUAUGUUGCAAGGGGAGAGGUUGCUUGGCUGAGGGGUUUGUUCGCAGAAGAACGACUAACAUGCUAAAGGUAUUGAUAUGAGGAAAGGGGAUUAUGUUGUUGUGAUGAUGUCUAUGUUUUUGUGGUGGGAAGACGUGAAUGAGUCUCAGGCUCUGUUCUUUUUGGGUGUUGUUUUAAUUUUAGAUUGUAUUCAUGAGACUUUGGUUAUUGUUUUUCAUCAAAUAUACGUACUUUCAGAGGAAAAAAAAGAGAGGUGAUUUUGUUAAAAUAUUUAAAUAUUAUAUUUGAAUUUUGAAGAGCCCUAUUUUAGUUGAGCCACUUCGAUAAUAAGAAAAUACAAAGCAAGUCCCAGUUUACUAUUCAACAAAAGAAAAAAAAACAUGACGGAAGAAGUAAAGAAAUCUUCAAGAUCCAGACUACAAGAAUAAGUACCAAACAAAAGCACACAAGGGAUUUAUUCAUCUAUAUGUUACAUGUGUUCUAAAUUGAUAUCCAACGAGUUUUUUUUUUUUUGAACAACAUAUUCAUUCAUUUAAAAGCAUAAAAUAAGUUUAGCCCAAGGUAAUAUGGGUUGCAAGACAGGUUUUAGCAAGUCCAUCGGCAAGCCCAUUACUGGCCCUUGGAACGAAAAUGAAACGACAAGAAACAAACGCAGAAACUGAAGAGAAAGAUAGCUCGUCGAUAUCAGAGAGAACUCCAUAGAGUUCCGACGUAUUCCGGCGAGAUGAGAUUGCUUGAACAAGCACUUGAGAAUCCAACGAGUUUUAAAUCAAGCGAAAGACCCUCUUCUUAGAGGAUGCUUGAACUUCCAGAGCAAGUACAGCUAGAUUUAUUAUACACAAACAUGGUGCUACUACAUACAUUUUAUCAUUUAUGUGAAACUUCCAUGUUCGGAAUGCAUCAUAUAUAUUAGUAAAAGAACUAGCAAUAUCAUCAACCCAAUUAUACUCAUUACAAACCAGUUAUCAUUGACACAAUAAUGUCACCAGCUGAACUAGUGAUCGCUUUUUGUUAAAAUUGAC